GCUGUCAGUCUCCAGGCUGGACUUCUCUCUCUCUCUCUCUCGCGGGUCACAGCUUCUCGGUCAAAAUGUUGAAGGCGGUUAUUCUAAUCGGAGGCCCCCAGAAAGGCACGAGGUUCAGGCCGCUGUCAUUUGAAGUGCCCAAACCCUUGUUCCCCGUGGCUGGUGUGCCCAUGCUGCAGCAUCACAUCGAAGCUUGUGCCAAGGUACCGAAUAUGAAGGAGAUUUUGCUCAUCGGCUUUUAUCAGCCAAAUGAACAACUGACCAGGUUUCUGUUCAAUGCACAGCAGGAGUUCAAAAUUUCCAUCAGGUAUCUGCAGGAGUAUGCAGCCCUGGGCACAGGAGGGGGAAUCUAUCACUUCAGAGAUCAGAUUGUCUCCGGCAGUCCGGAGGCUUUCUUUGUUCUGAAUGCUGAUGUUUGCGCAGCGUUUCCGCUGGCAGAGAUGCUCAGCUUCCAGAAGGAACACGGAGAACCAAACAGCUUUGUGAUUCUUGGGACGACGGCAAACAGAAAGCAAUCCAUGAAUUACGGCUGUAUUGUUGAAAACGAGGACACACAUGAGGUCUUGCAUUAUGUGGAAAAGCCAAGCACCUUCGUGAGCGAUAUCAUAAACUGCGGCAUAUACCUCUUCAAGCCAGACAUCUUCCAGCAUAUCGGCGCCAUCUUCCAGAAGAACCAACAGGACAUGUUAAAUCCAUACGAUGGAGAGGAGCCGACCAACGGCUGGCACCGAGCAGCGGUCAUCCGGCUGGAGCAGGACAUCUUCACUGCCCUGGCAGGACGGGGGAAACUCUACGUGUAUAAGACCCUCGUCUUCUGGAGCCAGAUUAAAUCUGCAGGGUCUGCAAUUUAUGCCAGUCGGUUGUACCUCAACCAGUAUCACACAACUCACCCCGAAAGACUUGCAUCAAACAAAGAGGGAGGGCCCAAAAUAAGUGGUAAUGUCUAUAUCCAUCCCACAGCCAACAUCGACCCCACGGCCAUGUUGGGUCCCAACGUCUCGAUUGGCACUGGAGUGACUAUUGGUGCUGGGGUCAGAAUUCGAGAAUCCAUCAUCCUUCACGGUGCAACACUCCAGGAUCACUGUUGUGUCCUGAACAGCAUUGUGGGAUGGGACAGCACGAUUGGGAAGUGGGCGAGAGUGGAAGGAACUCCAAGUGACCCGAACCCCAAUGAUCCCUUCGCGAAGAUCGACAGCGAGAGCCUCUUCAGAGACGGGAAACUCACUCCCUCAAUUACGAUUCUUGGUUGCAACGUGACCAUCCCUUCAGAGGUGAUUAUCCUCAACUCCAUCGUCCUCCCGCACAAAGACCUCAACCGUAGCUUCAAAAACCAAAUUAUUCUCUAGUUCAUCUUCCUCACUCUUCUGUCCACUUACUGUCACCGAUGAAGGAUGCAGCUGGACGCACGUCGGCACCGCCUCUGAGUUACUGUAUAUAAGAUGUCAGAAAUGGCGAUGCGGUGCAUUUAUUAAAUAGUUUGGAAAGAUAGAUUUGUAUAUAUUUGUCCUCUAGCCUCUAUGCAUCAUUGGGUGUCAGCAACAUUAGAGAGAGGCGAAUCACGCAUGUUGAUUCACCUUGAAACGUGCUGUCAUUCCAGAGUGUUACAUUGUUUUUUAAAUUAACUUUACCGAACUAAAAUGACUGACACAAGUGUAAUACAUUUGUGAUAUAAUAGUUUGAUGUAAAAAAGACACGUUUAUAGACCACCACUCUGUGUUUCCUCAAGGGCAUCCAUGACAACGCGAGUCUCGUUACGUUCGGUGAGAAGAGGAAUUAUUAGAAAAUAUAAAUCCCUGAGCGACUGACUGGUACAUUUUUCGAGGUGAUUAUUUGUGUGGAGCGCUGAUUAAAAAUGUUUAGCGUCUUCAUUGUUUGUCUCAAAUUGACUACCACUAACAUAUAUCAGCAGGAUUGAGAUUUACUUUGCAAUCAAGUAAUGUUGCCUUUUUAAAAUGUGAACCCAGCAGGGGGCCUUGAGACUCCGCAUAAACGGCAACAGCAGAUACUUAAAUUGUGCAUCCGCAAUCACUGGAGGAACUGUUCCAAUUUAUGGAUACAGCACAUUAACAUUUAAUUAUUAAGCCCUCGAGCACUCAUGAUCACUUCAGCACUUUUGUUCCAAUUAUUGCAAAGAGUGUGUCUAUUAAGGAGCGAUGUACAUUGCGACACAGGUACUGCAGCAUUAUAUAUUUUAAUCAUGUCUCCUAACAAACUAGCCUCCAGUGAAUGUGGUAAACAAAACAAGUUCAUGUACAUUAUUUUCAAAGAUUGUUGAUUUGAGGUUUUGCAUGUCGGCGCCUGUGUUUUUAUUGUUGAUGCAGGAGCCCGAGUGCCUCAUGCCGUCUCGGGCCCCUCAUCAGUGUUCUCUUCCUCUUGGUAGGAUGUUCACUGCUCUGCUCCUUUAGGUUUUGUGACGGCUUCCCUGUCUUUCUUUCUUUUUUUAAAGGUUUUCAUGGAUUUCUUGAUUGUUAAAUGUGUUUGUUUAUUAUCAUCUGUGGUUACACUGACGCAAAGUGGUGCAAGGCUUUGUCUCGUCGAGCGUAAACAAGACAUCUGACGGAUAACGGAGGUAAAAUGUCACUCAUGUAAAAUAAUAGUACAUGUGACACCUGACAGUGAGUAUAAAGACACAUUCACAAUAGUCUUAAGGUAGGAAUCUGAAGUCACGAGCUGAGACAAAAAUGAAGAAAAUGUCAUACUUGUAUAGUGUUUAUUACAAACAACGUUGGACAUGAUUUAGUUUUUCAAGAAAAUUACGAGUCCAGGAUGGCAAUGAAUAGUUUUGAACCAAAUAAACCACAUAAUAAAAGUUUUAAAAAAAACAUUUGUGAUAUUA